AUGCGUUCUACAUUUUUUCAGGGUAUAGUUAAGUAAUAUUUUGCAACUAUUCACCACCAGAAUGAAAAAGAAGAAGCAAUGUGACGUCGAAAGUGACGUCAGCUUGUACGUCACUGAAACCGGCGGUUCUAGCAUCGUUCGGUUCAAAUCCUUAUUCACUCUAGAUUCAAAAUAUCUAUUAUGUCCAUGCGGUAAUGUUGUGAAAGUGUAUUCAACAAACACAGGGGAGUGUUGCCAGAAGUUGGUUGGCCAUACAGACACUGUAACAAUGGUUGCCCAUCAUCCAUGUAAUAAGUUGCAGGCGAUAACAAGUUCCACAGACGGCACCAUAAAGUUAUGGGACUAUGAGGAUGGGGUGGCUUUAUCUUCACUUGGUUUCAAUACCCCAUUAUAUGGAAUAUAUACUUUACCACAAUAUCCAAGCACUGCCUUUGUUGUGCAGAGAACAGACAAAAGAAACGAACUCUGUCGGUUUAAGCUUGAAUUUAGUCAACCAAAGGUGGAUGAUGUUGAAGUAGUUGCGAACAGCAUGGACAAGCUGACAGACAAAACUAUUGCUUUCUCUAAAGGAUAUUUUGUCGUUGCGCAACCAAAAUCAUUCUUAGUGUUUUGUAAACCAGACAAAGUCAAAUGGAAAAACAGAGUCAGACAUGAUUUAAAUCCUAAAGAACCAGCAAUAAGGUGUAUAGCUUGCCACCCAAAGUUGGAACAAUGCGUUACUGGGCAUGAAAAUGGAGAAUUACGUUUCUGGUAUAACUUGAGUGAUUCUGAGAAUGCCACGUUCAACGUACAACACUGGCAUUCGUUACCUGCACUCUCGCUCUCUUACACCUCAAGUGGCUCAUCUGUAAUAUCUGGUGGUCAUGAAGGGGUCAUGGUUCAAUGGACAUCAGAUGGAAAACAAUUCCUCCCCAGAUUGGGCUCAGCUAUCCAGCAGCUUACGACUUCCAAUGAUAAUCAAUUGUACGCGACGUCUCAUAAUGAUAAUUCCAUUUGCAUUGUCACAAGCUACAUGACUGUACGAACUACCAUAGAAGGUUUCACAGCAACUGGCCAAUCUCUACCAUGUGGAUUAAACUACGACCCUAAAACGCAGUCAUGCGUGACCAACGGAAAAGCGGGCCAUCUUCUCUUCUAUUUCCCUGACAACGAUGAACAACUAUAUAAUCUUGACAUUGUAAGUCGAAACUAUAUUUCACCGGUUGAUUUGGAGAAGAGUCUUCCGCAUACUAAGAUUACGAGGGUUGGAUUUACAGUGACUGCUAAUAAUGAACACCUCAUGGCAACUGCGGAAUACGACAAGGAAAACAUGACUGACCAAAAACUAAAGAUGUGGAAAUUUGAUGAGUCAUAUAAAGAAUGGUGCCUGGUCACAGUAAUAUCAUCUCCCCAUGAUAACCGCAACAUUACAUCGUUAACCUUUCAUCCCACGAAUGCAUUAUGUGUGACCACUGCUGAGGAUGGCUAUGCUAAGACAUGGACCCUAGAUGAUAACGAGGGUUGGUGUUGUGAGUCCACAACGUCGUAUCGUGGUUACGCUUCAUCGGAUUCCUCGUUCUCGCAAGAUGGGUCGGUACUCGCGCUUGCUUUUGGCCACACGGUGUCUCUCAUCGACCCCUUGUUGCUCGACGACCUCAGUCUGUUGGUCUCGGCAAGAACUAAUAUUAAGCAAAUUGAAUUUGGUCAAGACUCCAACUGCCAUUUACUUGUCGUGGCAACGGAAAACAGUCUACAGUCAUGGAGUGUUAUAACCUCUUCUAUGAUUUGGUUGAUUGACACCUGUGGUUUCAACUUUUUGGUGAAAGAUCCGUUCUCUGAUAACCUGGCAUUCAUUGAUACAAGACAUACAGUGCAUGUCUUUCAACCAUCUGAUGAGAAACCACCAUUCACACAGAAUGUUAAGAUGGAAAUAUUGGCGGCAUGUUUUGUACAAGGUGGAAAUGAUGAGAUACCUUGGUGUGCUAAAUCCCAGCUGUAUAUGAUAUCAAAUAAAAUGACAGUGCACAAAUUCGCCACCAAGGAGCAAUCCAAAGUAGUUUCUAACCGAGCGUUACCCGUAGCAACGGACACGCUUAGAACACCGAUUGCAUCUCUAUUAUCAACAAACAAAGAAGCUGUUGAUGACAUCACAAUGCCAGGUGUUCCAAUUCGAAACCGAACAUUACAGGAAGCAGUGCAAGUCGUCCUUGAAACAAAAUCCCAUGUUUUGCCCCCAAUCCCCAAGAUAUGUCAACAAUUUGUUGCAGCUUUGUUACUUGAUGGUGCAAAUAUACAUGAAGAAUCGGAAGACGUAACUGCAAUGGAGGUAUGCACGACAGAGCCUUCUACCUUGAAUGUUAAACCGGUUAAAACUGGUUUAAAGCGGAACGAUCCAGAUCCGGACGUGGACGAUUUUGAUUGGUUGGCAGAAUCGUUUGCAAAUUUAAAAUAAUUUCCGUGGUUGUAAUUCAAAUAAAACAGAAAACGGAAAA